AUGACUACGGCUAUUGCGAAUAAUCAUCGCAUAUCCAACCCAUUUUUAAUUAAACUUUAUUUGUAUAAUGUGUCAAAGAUAAAUAUUGACACUUACAUGAAUAUAUUAAAUUUAUAUAAUUGGGAUGAAGACUAUAAAAAUGAAAAAAAUAUUUUAAAUAAAAAUGAUUAUAAUAAUCCUCAAUUUUUUUUAUAUAAAUAUUUUCAUUAUUUAAAUGAAUAUAACAAUGAAAAAAAAAACAAAAUAAUACAAUUGCUAACAUUUUUAUAUUCCAAAAACUUACGAGAAUAUUAUGAUAAAAAACACAAUUUUUAUAAUUCAUUUAUUCAUAUAAAUACUUUUUUUUUUACACAACUUGGUUAUCUACACCAAAAGACAGAUAUAAAUCACCUUAAUAAAGUAGAGCAAAAGGAAAGAGAAAAACAAAAAGAAAUAAACAUUGUCAGAUAUAACUAUAGCUUAUAUACAGACAUUUUUUUAUAUGCCCUAGAUUUCUAUAUAUAUCAUCUAUCAAAAAAUUAUAAUUUUUUAAAUAUAGAACAAUUAAAUAUACUUGCUGAAAUUUUUGCAAAUAUAAAUAUAUCCCCUAAUAAUCAUAAUUUAUAUGUAAAUGAAUUUAAAAAUUACAAUGAUAAGAAAGAUAUGCUUGAAAAUUCUUUCUUUGAAAAAGUAGCACACACAUUUAGUAAUGACUCAAAUUUAUAUGAUAUUGAUAUAAAUAAUAAAAUAUGUUUAUUUUAUAUAUACAUAUCUAAAUCUAUAAUACGACAAACUUAUUCACACAUUGUAAACAAUUGUAGAGAAGGCACCAAAAAAGAGCUUAAAGAUUUAAUAUCGAAUAAUGUAUAUAAUUGUAAAAAUAUUUUAGACUGUUUAUUAAAUAAGUAUAAAAAAAAUACUGAUGAACAAUUUGCUCAAUAUAUAACAUUAAAAAAAAAAUAUAAUAAAAAAAAUUUGAAUAUAAAUGUUUUAAAAAAAUAUUUAAAUAGUAUUAAAUAUUUAAAUAUUAUAAACAUAAAAAAAGAUUUUUAUAUAAUAUGCUACUUAUAUUUUAAUAGCUACUUAUUUAAUAAAUCUAUUUAUUAUUCAUCUUUAAUUUUUUAUUUAUUACAAAAAUAUAAUUUACAGUAUACUUAUAUUUUUAACAUACUUUUAAUCAAGUUUACUUUAUUUUUUUUAAAUAAGAAAACUUUCAGUGAUUAUAAUGAUAAGGUUAUUUGUGACUCGAUCAAUAAAUAUAUAGACACAAUAUUAGUCCUUAAAAUUAAAGAAGAAGGAAAGAAAAAUGGAAAUUCUACAAAUGAAAUGGACAACAACAUAUUUACACACACAAACGAGCAUACAAAAAAUGGUAAGCCAAUUCCAUAUGAUAAUAAAUCUGAUCCAUAUAUUGAUAUAUAUAUAAGAGAAUAUAAAGACAAUCUAAAUAUUUACAAAUAUAUACAUAAAAAUAGUUAUAAAAAUUAUGACAAUAAAUUUUUAACAUACUUUGAAUAUACCGUUUUGAGCUUAUUCAAAUAUCUUUACUACAACAUCAAAUGGUGUAGACCAAAAAAAGAUAAAAAAGAAAAGGAAAAAAUUAUAUCUACACAGAAUAAACAAAUUUAUGGUACCGAGAAUAACUUUUCAAAAAAAAACAAAAUAUUUGUCAGUAAAAAAUAUAAGAAAUUUAAUUCAUAUUUACCGGAAAAUCUUUUGUCCAACAUUAUACUUUUAUCAAUAUACGUCCAGAACUGCUUACCAUUAUUAUUUUCCUAUAUGCAAAAUAUGAAAAAAAUAAAUAAACUCAAAUUGUGUGCACAUUUAAAAAAAAUAAAUAAAACAUAUUUAAAUAGUUUAUUACACCCACGAAAUAGAACUCAUAACAUAUUUGUAUAUAAAAAAUAUAUAAAGGAAAAUGCUUGUGAAAUAGUACCUUUUUACAAAUUUUUAUUUCAUAUAUACAACAUUUUUAGAGAGCUCAUUAUAUUAAACAAUGAGGAGAAUUAUGUAAAAAUAAAUAAAGAAAAUAUAGAAUGUAGUAACACUAUUCAUAAGGAAAACAAAAACGAAGAAGAAUAUAAUAUAUAUUGUAAUAUAAAAAAAAAUAAAAAAAAUAAAAUUCAAACAAGUAUUACACAUUAUUAUAUAAGCAGUAACUUAAAAAAAAUUAAUUAUAAUAAAAAAUUAUAUAAUGAAAAAAAUAUAUUAACUUUUUUUUGUGACAUAUAUUUUGAUAAUAAUAUAAUUGAAGUUGAUGGUCCAAAACAUUUUUUUAUAUAUUAUUCUAUAAAUAAUAAUGAAAACAAUUAUUUCACAUCAUUUAUAAAAAAAAAUAAAGAAAUCUUUUAUUAUAAUUAUAUAUUCCCAUUAUUUUUUAAUCAAAAUAUAAAUACUCUCAAUAUAGACAAUAAUUAUGAUACAAAAUUAUACCAUAUUUAUAAUGAUAAAAGUAUUAAAAAAAACUUUUUUCUUUAUAUAUAUGGAUAUAAUAUAAAACACAUAAAUUAUGACAACAAAAAUAUUACCGAAUAUAAAUAUUUGUAUGAACUUUUAUUUAAGACAAAUAGCCAAUUGCAUGCUACCUCUUCUGGCAUUGUUUAA